AUGGCGACGAAACAUUAUUUUCCCGACACGGCCACGAACACGCUCGUUUCGAGAGCUCUGCGUGCUCUUGUAUCGGCGAACCCUCAUCUCACUCUCAGUGAAGCAGAACGUGUCGUCGCGAACUCUCACAAUGAUCGGUCGACCGUAAGCAUCAUCGGCGGUGGCGGCUCAGGCCAUGAGCCGGCAUGGAGCGGGUUUGUCGGCGAAGGUCUCCUCUCAGCAGUUGCAUGCGGCGACAUUUUCGCCUCGCCGAGUACGAAACAAGUUCUCGAAGCGAUGAGACUUGCGCCUUCUGAUGUCGGGACCAUUCUUCUCAUCACCAAUUACACUGGUGACAGGCUUCACUUCGGACUCGCUACGGAGAGGGCAAAGGCUUCUGGUUUGUCCAACAAAGUCGUUGUUCUCCCCGCCACGGAUGAUGUUUCUAUCGGCAGAAGCAAGAGUAGUAGGGUGGGAAGGAGAGGAAUGCCAGGUCACAUUUUCACUAUGAAGAUUCUCGGUGCGGCGGCGGCUGAGAAGUAUUCCUUUGACCAAUGUGUGGAAAUUGGCAGGGCUGUCAACGACCAAACUGUCUCGAUAGGUUCAGCUCUGGAUCACUGCCAUGUCCCAGGACGGCAGUAUCACUCAGUUGCAGAAGACGUCUGCGUUGUCGGCGCUGGCAUCCACAAUGAGCCAGGCCAACAGCUCAUUACCCCCUUUCCGUCAGUAAACGAUCUCGUCGAUAGGAUGCUGAAGCUUUUAUGCGACCCGAAUGAUGCUGAAAGAGCUUUUGUGUCUUUCGAAAACGGGGAUGAAGUCAUGCUUCUCAUCAACAACUACGGCGGGCUCUCAGUUUUGGAGCUGGGCGCGCUCACGGAUGAAGUACAAACUCAGUUGGCGUCGACCUGGUCAAUUACCGCCGUACGAACACAAGUUGGCACCUUCGAAACUUCUCUCAACGCACCUGGAUUCUCCAUUUCGCUCUGCAAUAUCUCUGCCGCAGCACGGCAGUUGAAGUCAACAGCUGACGAGCUGCUUCAUCUUCUCGAUCGCCCCACGAGUGCAGUUUACUGGCCGAAUACUGUCCGGCCAGUAGUGAGCGAAGAGAAGACUGACGGGCUGAUGACGAAUGAAGACAGUGCCUCAAACAGUCACGAGACUAAGUCAGAUCUUAUCAAAGUUGACCCAAAGCUGUUGGAAAAGACUGUCAGAUCAGCUUGCGAACGGGCAAUCGCCGCCGAGCCGAACUUGACCAAAUGGGACAUGGUGAUGGGCGACGGCGAUUGUGGUGAAGCGGUCAAGGGCUUGUGCGAAUCCCUGCUGCGUAAUCUGGAGAACGGAUCAGCAGCUAGCGGUUCCGUCUUCGCCUUUCUGGAAUCGACGAUCGAAGCCGUCGACGACAUGGGAGGAACUCUCGGGGCCAUUUUUGGAAUCCUUCUUUCCGCCUUCUCCUCGUCCCUUCGAUCCGAAGCGCAAGCCAAUUCCGAACUCACAACGUCAAUCUCACCAAAGUUAUAUGCCUCGUCGUUGGCUUCAGCGGUGGAGUCACUCAAGUCUCAUACCCCGGCAAGGGAAGGUGAUCGGACCGUCAUGGACGUGCUGCUUCCGUUCUCGGAUACCUUUGUCAAGUUAGGAGACUUUCGUGCUGCUGUCAAGGUCGCUGCUGAAAAGGCAGAGGCGACCCGGUACUUGAAGGCAAGAUUUGGCAGGGCAACGUAUGUGGGAGACGCAGCAGGACAAGAGCUGCCCGACCCUGGCGCCUGGGCACUGUAUGAGCUUUUGUUGGGGAUGGCAGAAGCUUAG